AUGAGCGGAGGAAAGAGCAGUUUGCCUUUAUUUUCGGUGAGAAAGAAGAGGGAGAAGAAAGUUAUUGAAAGCAGAAAGAGAAGAGAAAGAGCUUUUGCUUUACAAGCAUGAAAGAAGCAUUUGUCGAUUAAGAAAGCAGCAGCGAUUGCGAAAGAAAGAUGGUCUUUAUUAUAUUAUGCCAAGAAGAAGAAAGAAAGCAUUUCAGUGAAAGAGUCCUGUCCCUACGGGAGAAAGCAGCAAAGAAGAAAGAGCCGGUUCUUGUCUUGCCCAGCACAUCUGGCCUAUCAAGACAGCCGGAAAGAAGCUCUUGCUCCAGAAGAAGAAAGAAAGAAGAAAGAGCUUGUCUCUACUCCAGCAGAAGAAAGAGAUGACCUUGACGAAGAAAGAAAACCACAUUUGGCUCUAUCUGAGAAGAGAGCCGAUCCAUUGAGAAAGAGGAAGAAAGAAGAAAGAAAGAAGAGACGACGAGAAGAGGCCGAGCCGAAAGACGAGCCGACGAGAGAAAGAAAGACAGAAAGAGAAAGAGCCGACCCGAGAGGAAAAGAACGAGACAGAAAGAAAGAGAAGGAAAAGAGGAAAGAAGGACAAGGAGGAAAGAGAAAGAGAGAGAGAAAGAAGGAAGAAAGAGCCGACAGAAAGAAAAGGAGAGAAAGAAAGAAACGACCAGAGGAAAGAAGAGGAAGGAAAGGAGAGGAAGGAGACAAACAAAGAAAGAAAGAAAGAGACAAGAAGAAGGAAAGACAAAGAGAAAGAAAGAGACCGAGAAAGAACGAGAAAGAGAAAGAAAGGAAGAGACAGAGAAAGAAAGAGAGGAAAAGAAGACAUGAAAGAGACAGACACAAGGAACAAGAAGAAAGAGAGCCGAAGGAAGAGAGAGAGAAAGACAGACAAGAAGGAAGACAACAAAGAAGAGCACAGACAAAGAAAGGAAGAGAAAGAAAGAGGAAGAGAAGAAAGAAAGAGGAGAGAAGAAAAGAAAGGAAAGCUGAAAGAAAAGAAGGAGGAGGCAGAAAGAGAACAGAAAGGAAAGGAAAGAAAAGGAAGAAAGAAAGGAAAGUGAGGAAAGAAAGAAGGAAAGGAAAGAAAGAAGGAGGAAGAAAGAAAGGAAAGAAAGAGAGGAAAGAAAGAAGGAGAAAGAAGGAAAGAAAGGAGGAAAGAAGGAAAGGAAAGGAAAGAAAGAAACAGAAGAAGGACAGAAAGAAAGGAAAAGAUGAAAGAGAAGGAAAGAAAGAAAGAAAGGAAAGGAGAGAAAGGAAGGAAGGAGAGAAGGAAAGGAAGAGGAAGGAAGAGGAAGAAAGAUGGAGAAGGAAGGAAGGAGGAAGAGAAAGAAGGAAGGAGGAAAGGAAGAAGGAGGAAGAAAAGGAGGAGGAAGGAAAGAAAGGAGAGGAAAGGAAGGAGGAAGAGGAAAGGAAAGGAAAGGAAAGAGGAGGAGAGAAGGAGGAAAGGAGGACAGGAAAGGAAAGAGGAGGAAUGGAAAGGAAGGGAGGGAGGAGAAAGAGAUGGAGGAAAGGAAAGGAAAGAAAGGAAAGGAGGAAGAAAGAGUGGAGGAAAGAGGAAAGGACAGGAAAGA